AUGAGGGCCUACAAGGAACUUGAGCGGAUAUUUACGCAACUCUACCGCUACACGCAUCUGCUGUCGCUGGCUGACUGGGACUCGCAGACGAUGAUGCCACGCAAAGGUGCCGACGCCAGGGGUGCUGCCAUGGCUGAGCUGCAGGUGCGCAUGCAUGAGGUUAUCACUGAUCGCCAUAUUCAGGUGCUCAUUGAUGAGGCACAGAAGGCUGCAGAGGAUCUCGAGCCACUUCAAAGGGCGAAUCUGCGUGAGAUGCGCCGGGCAUGGGAACUGGAGAAUCUUCUCCCGGAGGACUUCGUGGAACGCAAGACUAUUCUGACAACCAAGGCGCAGCAGUUGUGGCAGACGUGUCGUGCCGAAAACGACUUCGCCGGCUUUCUCCCGACGCUCAAGCAGCUGAUUGAGCUGUACCGGGAGGAGGGAAAACUCCGUGCCGGGACAUCUGGCAAGGAUCCAUAUGAGGCGCUUGUGGACAUCUAUGAGCCGGGCAUGACGCUUAAGCGCCUCGACGAGAUCUUCGGCAGCGUAAAGUCAUGGCUGCCGGCGCUGCUGAAGGAGGUGCAGGCGAAGCAGAAGUCGCUCAACGCGUCGAUCGUGGAGCCCAAGGGUCCGUUCCCCGUGGAGAAGCAGGAGGCGCUUGGCCGGUUCUGCAUGGGCGUAUGGAAGUUCGACUUUGACGGCGGCCGCCUGGACGUCAGCGCCCACCCCUUCUGUGGGAAUUCGAAGGAGGACGUGCGCAUCACCACGAACUACCGUGAGACCGACUUCGACAAGAGCCUUCUUGGCGUGAUCCACGAGACGGGCCACGCCAAGUACGAGCAGAACUGUGGACCCAAGGGGUUCGAAACGCAACCGGUUCGCGACGCGCGCUCAUUGGGUGUGCACGAAAGUCAGUCGCUGUUUGCGGAGAUGCAGAUCGGCCGCUCUGGUGCGUUUAUGGAGUUUCUCGCUCCCAAGCUAUCGGAUUACUUUGGUGAUCAGCCCGCCUUCACCGCUGCCAAUAUGAAGAGGCUAACGCAGCGUGUGCAGCCUGGCCGUAUUCGUAUCGACGCCGAUGAGCUCUGCUACCCUUUGCACGUUAUCCUGCGUUAUGAGAUUGAGCGUGACCUGAUGGAUGGCAAGAUGGAGGUGGAGGACUUGCCAAAGGUGUGGAACGAGAAGAUGAAGAGCUAUCUGGGAUUGGAGACGCUCGGUAAUGACAAGGAGGGCUGCCUGCAGGACGUCCAUUGGUCUGGUGGAAUGUUCGGGUACUUCCCGACGUACUCCCUUGGCGCAAUGCUGGCAGCGCAGCUCAUGAACUCUGUCCAGAAGGAGCUCGGGGAAGAGGUUGUUGAGAAUUGUAUUCGCAAGGGCGAGCUUGAAAAAAUCUUUUCGAAACAGAAUGAGAAGAUAUGGCAGCACGGCUGCUCACUGACAACAGACGAGUUGAUCAAACAGGCCACUGGAGAGACCCUCAACCCUGAGUACUACCGCAAGCACCUCGAGCGUCGCUAUCGUGAUGACAGGGGUUGA